AUGCUCACAACCAAUGUGGAUAUUAGCGAUCGACUAAUUAAUGGGCAGUUAGGUAUAGUAAUAAAAGUUUCUGUUGACAAUGUUAGUAAUAAACCCUCCACAAUUUUUGUUAAAUUUGAUGACAGUAAUGCUGGAGUAUCUGCUAUACGAAAUUCGUCCAGUAGUUUUGCAAGAGAAAACAGUCUUGUUCCCAUCAAACCUGUAUUGGCGAGAAUUAAAGUCAGACCAGGAAAACCAUCAUCUCCUGAAAUGCAAAGAUUACAAUUUCCUGUAACUCUCGCAUGGGCGUGCUCUGUUCAUAAAGUACAAGGAUUAACUCUAGAUAACAUUGUCGUCAGUUUUGAUUUAAAGAAGCAAAGGUAUUUUAUUUUAACUAUGGUCAGGUAUACGUAG